AUGAACAAGGUGGGCGUUUACAUGGGGAAGCGGGAUUUCGUGGAUCACUGCGAGUUUGUUGAUCCUGUCGAUGGUGUUGUGCUGAUCGACCCCGAGCAGGUGAAAGGAAAGAAAGUCUAUGUCAUGCUGUCCUGUAUGUUCCGGUACGGUCGGGAUGAUAUGGACGUGUUGGGGAUGGCGUUUCGCAGGGAUAUCUUCCUGUGCUCUCGACAGGUCUAUCCUCCUCUGCAGGACAAGGAACGCAGCAUUCACACAAAAGUACAGGACAAGAUCCUGCGCAAACUCGGAGACAACGCAUACCCCUUCUUCUUUGAGGGUUCAUUUGAUUUGUCGCAAUGCAUUCUGGGAUUUGAAGAUUACGCACUACUUAAGAUUCUGGUUGAAAUGAGGGACACUGUGCCGUCUGGUACGAGUCUGAAGAAGGUUUACACCCUCUGUCCUCUACUGGACAAUAACCGUGAGAGACUGGGACUCGCUCUGGAUGGAAAACUAAAGCAUGAGGACACUAACCUGGCCUCCUCCAGCAUUGUAAAGGAUGAAGUUCUGAAGGAGAUUCUGGGCAUGUUGGUGGCCUAUAGGGUGGUGGUGAAAAGUAAUGCAGCCGGCAUCGUUGGAUCCAGUGAAGUUGCCGUGGAGGUUCCCUUCAAACUCAUGCAUCCCAAACCUUAUCCUGAGAGUGAAGACACAACUGACCUGGUGUUCGAGGAGUUUAAACGCUCCUAUCUGAAAGGAGUCAUCGGCGACGAUGACGAAUCUCCGGCUGAGCCUUGAGAGCCUUCUCCAUGGAAAGUGCUCACAGAUGACACGUAUAAGUGUUUUGUGUAGGCAGACUUGUGCGUUUAAAGAUUCAUAAGCAUUUAUGGAUGCAUCUUAAAGGGUUAGUUCACCCA